AUGGCUGGUGCUUCUCCUACCAGACGCUCUUCCCGUGCGCGAACAACUCAAUCACAAUCCCAUAAUAGCUCGAGUGCGUCCAGUGCAUCUGGCCGUGCCGAGCGGAGUACAAGAGCUUUCACCAAAACCGGUUCACCACAAAAGUCAACCGGUAGUGGGUCUUUGUCUUCAGAACCUCCCGAGGAUUCAACAACUAUAACGAACGACGAUCCCGUCCUCCGUCGACGAAGUACGCGCGGUAAAGAAGACGACCGAGACAAACAAUCCAAAAUAGAAUUACUCGAUAUGGCAUCUGCUGGUGACGAGGUCCAAGAGGACGACGAAGCCGUCCGCUGCAUCUGCGGUCAUGACGAAUACCCAGGACCUCCGCCCUUCGACGAGAACUCGAAGCAUGAUCCAAGAGACAUAAUUGACCACGACCGCAUUUUCGCUAUCGAAGUUACGGAUGACAUGGCUGGUUUUUAUGUGCAAUGCGAAUUCUGCAACACAUGGCAGCACGGUGCCUGUGUUGGUUUUGCCGAGGAAUCCAAUCUCGACGAUGUUCAGUACUUUUGCGAACGAUGUCGAAAGGACCUACAUAAAAUAUAUAUGGCAAGCAAUGGGCAAAAAUACUCGAUAUUCCUUCCCAUCCACCGACCUUCCCGAGCUGCCUCGCGAGCCACCUCCACAGCUAAGGAUGGUGCGCUUUCCCCUAAAAGCAACCCACCUAAAAACUCACGUUCCUCGACAGCCGCGCAUACAUCAAAACGGCGCUCUACUAUGAACAGCCGAGAUGCCGCAUAUGAUGAAGAGGAACAACUACGCCGAGCAAUUGAAGCAAGCAAGGAAGAUGCGAUCCCCGAAGUCGCCGAACCCCCGUCCAGACGUCCCAAGCGAAGUAGAGAUGACAGUGAAGAGAAGGUUGAAGGUGUCAAGCGACAACGAACGACAUCUAAAUCUCCGUCCCCGAAAGUCGAAGGGCCUCAAUCUACCCCUCCUGAAGAGUCGGAGGAUGAAUCAGCACUCCGCAACGGAUCCUCAAAGAAGUCCCGGAACGCAGCAAGGAAUCAGCGCGAAAAGGCUGAAAGAGACGAACGCCGUGAAGAACAAGAGCGGAAACGAGCUGAAGCUGCUAAUAAACGAAAAGGCCGAGCUGAACGUCGCCGUGCUGACGAUUCCGACCCCUCGGAAGAGAUACCUCUUGCAGUUCGUGCUGCAGCAAAUAGGACAACAGAAUCCGCGCAGCCUCCAGAUCCUCCAGUCUCAUCCCAGCCCCCUCCCGACACCCCCCCUGCCGCCCCGGUUACUACAACAUCCCACAAGAAAAAGGCUACCAAUCAGAAAAAGAAAGGCAGAAAUCAGUAUACUAAAGACCGCGAUAAUCGUGAUCAUGAUGAAUCUCCCGCCAGAUCGGUGUCGCGCGAUAUUACCCGGAACGGCGACGAGAAUGGCCCAUCGCAUACAAAGUCGACCAACGAACCUACUAGCAAACAUAGCAAAACAAAAGGCGGGAUGAAUUCGAGGAUUACUAUGACGGACAUGAAGAGACGCGCGAACAACAUAUUAGAAUACAUUACAAGAACGCAGGUCGAGCUCGCAAGCGAGCCUUUGUCAGACUCAGCUGGUACAGAACAGAACAGCAAUGGAUCAGCCACGGCAGUACCUUCGAUCAAGGUAAACGGCGACAGCAGAAAACACGACACUGUCAGUAUAGCUAUAAACGGGUCGGCGACCAAUGGGGUUAGCCACGGUCUCCCGUCACUGAAGGAGUUCAAAGACAUGUCUUGUAUCGAAAUGAUGGACAUAUUAACACGGGACUUGGUAAAAUGGCAGCAAGAGUUUGCGCCUUGAGGUUGUAGCCAGCUUCACACGACAGUCGAUUCGGUAUUUUAGGGUUGGUCUCCCAGUACACUAGGUACCUAGGGUUAUAUCUCAGAUGCAUUGCUUGGCGUUGUUUCGCGCAAAUGGGAAAACAAGGCGUUCUUUUCGAAGGGUUUAAAGGGGGGAUUGGGGUUAUACUACUGGUAUUCUACUUCUAUUUUUCUGGCUGUACUAACAAAAUUUUCAAAUGGAUUGAUUGGGAGAGCCGGGUGCUAGGAAAUC